AUGGCGCUCAAUGCGUCCUCUCACAACACCACUGGUGACAAGACAGCGCCCAACACCGCUCCACCGCCAGAGCUGAGCGGAGAAGCCAAAAAGGACAUUCUCGGUGCCGCUGAAACUGAAGCCACCGGUCAACAUGCGCCCGGUCGCGAGAAUGAAAAGGGUGUAGAGAAGAAGGAGAAGACUGCCAAGGAGCUGGAGAAAGAGAGGAAAAAGGCCGAAAAGGACGCAAAGUUCAAGGCCAAAAAGGCCGCUGCUGCUGGCGCCGCCAAGGACGCUCCGGCAAAAGAGAAGAAAAAGAAGGGCAAGGAGGAGGAGCAGUUGCCCGAGUACGUCGAGCAGACACCCAAGGGCGAGAAGAAGCGUCUUCAGAGCUUGGACGGUCCAUACACAAAGGCAUAUAUUCCCAAGGUUGUCGAGUCUGCGUGGGACGCUUGGUGGGACGCUCAAGGUUUCUUCAAGCCUCAGUUCGCCGAGGAUGGCAAUGUCAAGGCCCCUGGCCACUUCGUCAUUCCCAUCCCACCACCCAACGUCACGGGCAAGCUACACUGUGGACAUGCGCUCGCUACGAGUCUGCAAGAUGUCUUGAUAAGGUGGCACAGGAUGAGAGGCUACACUACGCUGUAUCUUCCUGGUUGCGAUCACGCCGGUAUUGCUACUCAGUCCGUUGUUGAGAAGAUGUUGAAGCGAAGGGAGAACAAGACGCGAUAUGACCUGGGUCGUCAAAAGUUUCUUGAGAGGACCAUGGAGUGGAAGCAAGAGUACCACCAGCAUCUUACCAACACCCUGCGCCGAAUGGGUGGUUCCUUUGACUGGACGCGCGAGGCCUUCACCAUGGAUGAAAAUCUGUCAAAAGCAGUCACAGAGACGUUUGUCCGCCUCCACGAAGACGGUCUGAUUUACCGAAGCAACAGGUUGGUCAACUGGUGUACAGCCUUGAACACGGCUUUGAGUACUCUUGAAGUCGAUAACAAGGAUCUGGCUGGCCCGACUAAGUUGUCUGUUCCGGGAUACGAGAGGAUGGUUGAGUUCGGUGUCCUUACUCACUUCAAGUACGCCAUCGAUGGUACUGACCAAUUCAUCGAAAUUGCUACCACACGUCCUGAAACCAUGCUUGGUGACUCUGGUAUCGCCGUCCAUCCCAAGGAUGACCGCUACAAGCACCUCGUCGGAAAGAAGGCCAAGCACCCCUUCAUCGACCGUCUCAUGCCCAUUGUUGCAGACGAAUACGUCGACCCUGAGUUCGGUACUGGAGCUGUCAAGCUGACGCCAGCACACGACCCCAACGAUUUCAACCUUGGAAAGAAGCACAACCUUGAGUUCAUCAACAUUCUGAACGACAACGGAACAAUGAACAAGAAUGCCGGUCGUUUCGAGGGCGAGAAGCGCUUCGAUGUUCGUUACACCGUUGUAGACGCACUAAAGAAGGAGGGACUGUUCGUCAAGACCGAGCCAAACCCAAUGAAGGUGCCCAUUUGCUCAAGAUCUGGCGAUGUCAUUGAACCCAUUAUGAAGCCGCAAUGGUGGAUGAAGAUGGAAAGUCUAGCCAAGCCUGCCAUCGAAGCCGUCGAGAAGGGUGACAUCAAGAUUCGGCCAGCCACUUCCGAGAAGAUCUACAUGCACUGGAUGAACAACGUUCAGGACUGGUGCUUGUCUCGUCAGCUUUGGUGGGGCCACCAAAUACCAGCCUAUUUCGUCCAAAUCGAAGGCGCCGAAGGUGACCGCAACGAAGAUGAGCUCUGGAUUACUGGCCGUACAGAGGAAGAGGCAAGAGCUAAGGCCGAGAAGAAGUUCCCUGGAAAGAAGUUCACAUUAUCGCGAGACGAGGACGUGCUAGACACAUGGUUCUCCUCUGGCCUAUGGCCGUUCUCUACUCUGGGUUGGCCAAACCAGACUGCUGACCUUGAGAAGCUCUUCCCCACCUCUGUCCUUGAGACCGGUUGGGAUAUUCUCUUCUUCUGGGUUGCUAGGAUGAUUUUCCUUUCCCUCUACUUGACUGGAAAGGUUCCGUUCAAGGAGGUUUACUGCCACUCCCUUAUCCGUGACUCUGAAGGCAGGAAAAUGUCAAAGUCGCUUGGUAACGUUGUGGACCCUGUCGAUAUCAUGGAUGGUAUCACCCUUCAGAAGCUCCAUGACCAGCUUCGCGCAGGUAACCUGGAUCCCAAGGAGUUGACCAAGGCCGAGAAGUACCAGAAGACCGCCUUCCCUCAAGGUAUCCCAGAGUGUGGUGCUGAUGCGCUCCGUAUGGCACUUGUCGGAUACACUACUGGUGGUGGAGACAUCUCGUUCGACGUCAAUGUCAUUCACGGAUACAGGAGAUUCUGUAAUAAGAUCUACCAGGCCACCAAGUAUGUCAUUGGACGCUUGGGAGAAUCUUUCACACCGCAGGAGAAGGCCGGAAAGAGCGGAAAAGAGUCUCUGCCUGAGCGCUACAUCCUCCACAAUCUCAACGCCGCUGCCAAGAAGAUCAACGAUCACCUGGAGGCGCGCGAGUUCAGUCUUGCCACCCAGGUUGCCUACAAGUACUUCUACGUCUACCUCUGCGAUACAUAUAUCGAGAACAGCAAGGCCAUAUUCGACGAGGGAAGCGAAGAGCAGAAGGAAAGUGCCAAGCAGACGCUUUACACUGCCAUUGAGGGUGGUCUUAACAUGAUUCACCCGUUCAUGCCCUUCCUCACCGAGGAGCUCUGGCAGCGCCUGCCCCGAAGGCAAGGUGACAAGACACCUUCCAUCUGCAUUGCGCCUUUCCCACAAUACUCGCAAGAGUUGGAAGACGAGACGGCAAACGCCGAAUACGAGCUUCUCGUUGACAGCGCAAAGGGCCUUCGUUCUAUGACCGCAGAGUACGGCAUCAAGGAUAGCGCAUCCACAUAUAUCCAAGCCCUCGACGAUAGCACACACUCCAUUCUCUCUUCCUCCACAUCUCUCCCUUCAAUCAAAUCUCUGGCAGGCAAAACCGUAUCCGAGAUCAAGAUCCUGUCACCCUCUGAGACCGCGCCCUCUGGCUGCGCCGUAUACACAAUCGGCACAUCAGCGACCGCGUACCUCGACGUCAAGGGCCGCAUUGAGCUCGACAAGGAAAUCACAAAGGCCCAGGAUCGCCUCACAAAAGCCAACGAGACAAUCACGCGCCAGAAGAAGAUUAUGGAUAACGACUGGGAGGAGAAGGUUAGUGAUGUGGUCAAGGAGCAAGAGAGGGAGAAGCUUAAAGCUGCCGAGUUGGAGGCCAAGAACUGGGAGGCGAGUAUUGCACAGUUUGAGAAGAUGAAGAUUGAGUAG